AUGGCAGACCGAGGCGGUGCAGCACCAGGUGGUGCUCGUGGAGGAUUCGGCUCGCGCGGCGACCGUGGUGGUGAUCGGGGACGUGGACGUGGACGCGGUCGUGGCCGUGGCCGCGGUGGUGCGAAGAGCGACGAGAAGGAAUGGCAGCCCGUCACCAAGCUCGGCCGUCUCGUCAAGGCCGGCAAGAUCAAGAGCAUGGAGGAGAUCUACCUGCACUCUCUGCCCAUCAAGGAGUACCAGAUUGUGGACUUCUUCUUGCCCAAGCUCAAGGAUGAGGUGAUGAAGAUCAAGCCUGUCCAGAAGCAGACCCGUGCCGGUCAGCGUACCCGCUUCAAGGCCAUCGUCGUUAUCGGUGACAGCGAGGGCCACAUUGGUCUCGGCAUCAAGACCUCCAAGGAAGUCGCUACUGCCAUCCGUGCCGCUAUCAUCAUCGCGAAGCUGUCUGUUGUGCCGAUUCGUCGUGGCUACUGGGGUACCAACCUUGGUGAUCCUCACUCCAUCCCAGUCAAGGAGAGCGGAAAGUGCGGUUCGGUCACUGUUCGUCUCAUCCCAGCCCCACGUGGUACUGGCCUUGUCGCUUCCCCAGCUGUCAAGCGUCUGCUCCAGCUUGCCGGUGUCCAGGACGCCUACACCGCCUCCGCCGGCUCCACCAAGACCCUCGAGAACACCCUCAAGGCCACCUUCGUUGCCAUCACCAACACCUACGGCUUCCUCACUCCCAACUUGUGGAAGGAGACCAAGCUCGCCCGUUCCCCACUCGAGGAGUACAGCGAUGUCCUCCGCGAGGGCAAGCGUUACUAG